AUGUUCCUCCGUCGGUGGUCUGGUCUCCCCAAAGACCCUAUCUUCUCAUCUAACUUGAAGGAUCUUGGCUAUUUCAUCAACGACCAAGAUGAGAUCCGCAACAUCAAGGAACCCAAUUACUACUUCAAGUACUAUCUCACCAAGAACGGCCGCGUCAAUGAUCGCCAGCGCUUUCAUUUCAAUGGCAAGUACCUAUUAUUAAAAGUCCUGCUACCUCUCGGCGUCGAGCCAACCUUGCCCAGCGUCACCAUCUUCACGAGUGCCGAUCUUGCCUCUGCCUCGCGCGUGGUCGUGAUCUUUGGCGAGCCCAGCCAGGAUCUCGGCAACUUGGCCCUUCGCGUCGUCAACGGCCCAGGCGGUAUCAGCAAGGGUAGCAUGGUCUCGGUCGUUCAGGCGAUCAACCGCCAGAGAGCUUCGCCGUCCGACGAUGGUCCUACCGGAAUCAUUAUCGCCAACACGGGUGAGCUCUGGUGGUGGCCCGAAGGCAAAAAGGCUCUGAGCCCGACCUCGGCUAUGGCCGUUCCCAGGAAGAGCAUGGUUCACCACGGCCGCGCCAAUAACCCAAAGUAUCAUUCAAUCCCGAAGAACGAGACCCCCGAAGCCCACAUUGCAUACGUUCUCAACGAGGUCAUCCCAUCGCUUCUAUCGCCAGACGCUCGCCUCGACAUUAUCGGCAUAGGCCUCGGUGCCGACUACGCGACUAGAGUGUUAGACACACCCGACACGUGGUCUGCCCUCGGUCACCGCAUCAACACCUUAUCCCUGCUGGGUAGCACAACCAGCGUCGAUGAACUCUCUCACGAACCCCUUAAAGAGUUCCUCCCUCGCCGUGCUCGAGCGUACAUCACAGAUGAAGCGCCUGCACUUACACCCGUGGCACAACCCGGCGGCAAUCCAAACACGGCCUCCUUCACACAGCACGGCUGCACAGUCUACAGCUCCGGCGAAGUCUACCUCGUCGAGUGCAUGCUCGUCACCAGCCACGUCCCCAUGCUCGACUGGGUCCAGGAGGUCGCUCUCGCCGGCCCCGACUACCGCCACCCGGAGGUUGUCGCCGUCGACCCUCAUGUGCCGACAGAGGAGGAGUGGGCGGCGGGAGGAUUCGACGAGCAGUGGGAGAAUAUGCCCGAAUUUGCGAAGCCGAGUAUCGGAUAUGCCAUGGCGCUUGAAGACCAUGAGCAUUGCCAGGUCCUAGAGGGUAUUCAGAAGCUUGCGGUUGAAGAGAGUGAGAAGCAGAGCGAUGCUUGGGAGGAAUCCUGA